UCGAUAUUUAUAAGUCUUACUCAUGUAGCCAUGUAACCCCACCACCAAUCGUUCACCCUUCGGUUCCGAAUAUACGCCGUGCCAAUUGGGGUCGGUAAAUGCAGGGUGGCAGUCGGCGCUAAGCCUCCCAAUGAGGUGGCAUGGAUUAUUGCAUUAAUAGAACAAGGGUACCUUUUACUUUAUGAUUGCACUUCUGGUCAGCUGCAGCAUCACGCUAGGUAGCCAUGAAGCACAUCUCUACCUCCUUUGUAUUCUCAACAGGGUCGCUAGAAUUACGAGUGAAUACGCUCUAGAUUGCGAGCAUGGCCCUAUGCCAGCACUGUGAUCAGUUCGAUAUCCAGUCUCUGCUCAAGCCAGGGUCGACUCUCAGGUUCAACUGUGUCGAUGUCAAGGCCGCGAGUGACGCUGGCUGCGAGUUCUGUAGCUUCUUGUACCGUCGUGUUCAUAGGUUAUUGAACUCUGUAAGGGCACGGAAAGAUUGGCGCGGGCCGCUUUAUAUCCAAUUAUCAACAGAUGAAAAGGAUUCAGCAUCCAAGAAGAGAGCACACGAAGCACAUACUGUCCAAGUAGAUCGUCUCUAUAUUAGCGUUGUGCCGCGCGUGUAUUUACAUUCUCAGUGGCUCGACUCGCCGGACUGGCCGGUGUCACCCAACGCCAAUGUUCUCGGUGUUAUUGCAGAUCCAGGGAGUCCAGCCGCGAGAAGCGGUGAUGUCACAGGUCGCCUUCGAGACUUGAAGGAGAAUAACUGCGCGGAAGUUAUCUCUGAAUGGCUGGCGAGCUGUCUCCAGCAUCCCAAAUGCAAGGAGACAGCAUCGGGUACACAAUUCGAUGUCUGGAACCAACCCCUACCGACACGCUGUGUCCACAUCGAACCCGAUGGUAGUGGAAAAAAGCUUUUCCGUCUGCGUGAGACAGGAGGACAGCCUGGUACCUAUGUGACACUGAGCCACAGAUGGAACGGCCACACCACACUCGCUCAGACAACUACUAGCAACUACAACAGAAGACUCGCCGGCGACUUUGGCUUUCUUCCGGUGGUCUUCCUCGAAGCCAUGGACAUCGCAUUGGCCCAGGGUAUCCAGGACAUCUGGAUCGACUCGCUUUGCAUCAUACAAGUAGGUGAUGGCGGAGUGGACUGGGGCAGAGAGGCUGUUCGUAUGGCAGAGUAUUACCAGCACUCCGUUUUUACGAUCAUGUGCGCCGUGAAUGCCCCCUUCAAUGGAAUGUUCCGCCCCCAGCCACCUAUGAACCUAAUUCGUCUGCCUUACCGAGAUGAGCAAGGUUGCCACAGCGGUUAUUUUUUUGUCUUCGAUCGCCACAGUACGCGAAUUACCUACUUAAAUUUUUCCGAUGUAUUCAUGCGCGGGUGGGUUUUCCAAGAAUGGCUACUUAGCCGUCGCCUCGUUAACUUCACCGAUGUGGGCAUCUUCUUCUCAUGCCAGAGCUCUCAGCCCUUAUACGAAGAUCUCACCGAGGUCAUGCUGGGACUUGAAGGAAAUGCCUUUGAAGGCCUUAAACCCUUCUUCAAUAACCGGGCGCCAGUUGGGGAGUUGUGGUAUCGUCUGAUAAAUCGUUACUCGGGCUUGCACCUGACUAAGAAGGAAGACCGACUGAUAGCUAUUGCGGGAAUAGGGGAGGAGUACCGCAGAAUCCUGAUUGUACAGAAAGAGACGGAGCUGAGAUACGUCGCUGGGCUUUGGAUGUGGGAUAUACACCGCGGCUUGCUUUGGCACCGCCUGAGACACCCACUCGGUACUCUGCUUUCGACACAGCCGACAGGGCCUUCGUGGUCUUGGACCUCCGCUACGUACGUAGUAGAUUGGUAUCACCCGAAAUUAACCUUCACGUAUCGCGCCAAGAAAUGUACCAUCGAGCCACUUGAAGAAACAGACAGUAAGCACCAACUGCGACUUGCUAUCAAGGGUAAAUUGCUCCCCGUCGUCGUGCGGCAGGAAAUCCCCUGGGAAGGAGACAGUGCGCAAGUCAUUCGGCCUAUGACUGGCACCGCAUUCCUAUCCAAACCAGAAUCUAACAAAGUACCUCUAUUUCGGGCGGUGUGUUCUGUUCGAAAGCCCGAGCUUAUCGCUGGAUGGGGUUCGUUUGAGGGCGAGGGCAUUCAAGCGAGGUUGGGGUCAAGCGCAGGCAUCAGCGUGUUUGCCCUACUCGUUCAAUCACGGUAUCGGUUCAGUAACUCCGAUGCUGCCCUUGGACGGGUAACGCCUAUCCUUUCUAUAUACGACGUCUUAUUCUUGGACCCCGUCGCUGAUAGCGAGAGGAAAUACUGCCGUGUGGGGGCUGGGUGUCUUUUUGAACGUGAACUAUGUAGGGAAUUCUCACCUCUGUUAGCAGCUGACAUUGAAUUAGUGUAGCUAUUGGCAAAAGGAGAAUCUUUGUCUCUCUUAUGGGCCUGAGCAAAGAAGCUGUUUAACCUAGUAUUCUAACCCUCAAUUCAAUUUUCGAUUU